UAUAUAUAUAGUAUACUGUGAUUCUGUGGUCAAAUUUCUAAGUGUUUCUGAUAAAAUUGGUAGGUUUUCUAUUUAAGAGAAAUAGUUUAUUGAUUUUGAACUGCGUGAAUACGUUUUUAUUGGCCUUGACAGUCAUAUUUUAAAAUUGUACGAAAUGGAUAAUUUAAGACUAUAUAUAUCUACAUACAAUGUUGGUACAAGUAACCCCGAUCAGGAACUGAAAGAAUUGUUUGCUCUGUCUGACCAGAAAAAUGAAAAGGGUCCUGAUUUUUUCAUUUUGGGAUUUCAAGAGGUGAAAGCCCAACCUCAUAAUAUGGUGAUGGAUUCGCUUUUCGACGAUCCUUGGACCUUGGCUUCUAAGGAACUUCUUCAAAGGGACUAUAUCAAACUGAAGUCUGUUCGAUUGCAAGGAUUACUACUUCUUGUUUUCAGUUUACGAAAACAUCUUUUGAAUAUCAGAGACAUGGAGUCAGAGUACACUAGAACGGGGUUAGCGGGAAUGUGGGGUAACAAAGGUGCUGUAACAAUCAGACUCAGCAUUUACGGAUGUUCUAUAUGCUUCGUAAAUGCCCAUUUGAGUGCCCACGACAACCAACUGAAAGAUCGUGUAGAGGAUUAUAACAGUAUUAUUCAGGAACAGGAAUUUCAUGUGGCAGAAACUUCCAAAAUCUUCUAUCAUGACUACGUAUUUUGGAUGGGUGAUCUGAACUUCCGUCUCCAGGAAGAGUUUGAUAAAACACCAGAGGAGAUUGAAAGGCUGAUAAUAAAGAAGGAACUGAAAAAACUGUUCGAGCAUGAUCAAUUGAGAGCAGUUAUGAAAAAGGGGGAGGCAUUCAGUGAGCUCACAGAACAAGAUCCUGACUUUCCACCCACUUUCAAAUUUGAAGUUGGGGCUCCAUGUUAUGAUCAUAAGAGAAGACCUGCUUGGUGUGACAGGAUAUUGUACUGUGUGAAUCGUCAUAACUAUGAGAAUGUUACUCUAAAAGUUGAACAGUUAUCAUACAAAUCCCAUCCGUCUUAUACGCUAAGUGACCACAGACCUGUGACGGCAGAAUUCAUGAUAAAAAUUCCACAGCAGGUCCAAAAGAUUAUGAAGGAAGCCUCAUUACCUCUGUCUGUUGAUCAGGUAUUUUCAGAUUAUUCUGAAUGCGUUAUCGAGUUCGAUGAAAUCGGAAGAUGGGAUGCAGAUAUUGAUAACUAUGUUUACUACACGGUUACCAAAGACGUUCCCGAGACCACAGAUGAUUGGAUUGGGUUGUUCAAGGAUAACUUCGAUGCUCUCGACGAUUACAUAACCUACGAGUACGUAAACAAGUGUACCAGUCCCAUCGAAGCCAGUGGUAAAUCUACAGAUGCUCACGGGGAUUUAUCCAAACCAACCAGGUUUAAAGUUAUAUUCCCUGAAGUACCAAAUCAUGUCCGAGGCGUUUUCUGCCUAGUUUACUUCAGUCAAACGGAAGACAAAGUUUCCAGCGUAUUGGGCAUGAGCAACCCUUUCUUGAUUAAGUAGAGAAGUUGUACUUAAUUCAUGAUUGAUGCUUAGUUAAACGUUUCUGUUCAUCAAUAGUUUUUUGGUGACAAAUCUGGGAGAUGUUGCUUGGUAAGAACUGUAGGGAUAUAUUGGCUAAAAAUUUGCUUGGAAUUGAUUUCCAAAAAAUGAUACUCCAGUUUGUUCAGUGUAUUUUCAUAAACCUGU